AAAUAAAUAUAAAAGAAAUAAUAUAUAUUAAAAUGAUUUAUAAAAAUAAGUAUAUUAAAUUACUGCAACUAUACCUUAUUGCACUUAAACUUACUGUUAUAUUAUUAUUUUUCGUAUAAUCACAUUUUAUAUGAUUUAUUAAAACUGAAACAUCAUAAAGCUACAAAUUGACUAAUUUUAUUCUACAAUUUAUAGAGCUUAUUUUUCCAGUAAUAAUAUAAUGUUCAUAUAUAAAUUAUAACUUCUUAGAAAAAGAAGCAUCAAGAUUAAUAUUAAGUAUUGCAAAUUUUCAAUUUUCUUCUUUGCGGUUUGCUAAUUACCUGUGUCGAAUGGUAGAUCUUAAAUUCACGGGCAACAGUUCUUCGUUUUUCUGACAAGACUGUCGUUUGCUUCCGACCGUUUCUCCACUCGCUCGUUUACAGCAAGUAGCGUUGAAAGAUUGCUCACAUCGUUACCCCUACCAAUCCUCUGUAUAACUGUAUCGGAUAUGCCAUAUGCUCCCUCUGAAUCGACGAUUAAUCUUUGAUAGCAAAACUUUCCUAAUGGAGCAUAAUGAACACGGAGGGAUGAUCCUCAAAGUGCCGUCCAUACGUUCCGAACAUGCGGGAAACGGCAAACUAGUAACACAAAAUGUACAAUCAUCCCGCCCCCGCUACAUUCGCGAUUCAAUAUAAUUGGCAAAUAUCACGGAAGCAACUUGUUUCCUACAGUCGCAUCGUUACGUGGACGUAACUCUCUGCGAAUCGCUUUGUAUUGCCACUUGCUCAGCAAUUUCCAGCGAUAUUACAUGUUGCCGCUAGAUAACUCCCCCGGCAAAUUAUUUUUCUACCCGCAUGGGCACCCCAAGGGUGAGCGACCCUCGAAUAAGCCGGUCGACGACGCCUUGGUGCUCCGAUAUCGCGUGUACACUCGCCGCAUUCGCAGAAUGCUGUACCUCGGUGGUGUCUUGCAGGACCGAACACGUUCCGUAUUCUGGUCGUACGUCAUGGGCCUUCUGGUGAUCGUCAUGUUCUCCAGCCAGUGCUUCUUCGUGAUGAACUUCUGUCGGGAUCACACGGAUAAUCUGCUGCUCCUGUCCAAGUGCUUCGGUCUGACUUGCAGCUUGCUCGCGCCCGUCGUGAUGUCGGCCUGCUUCCUGGUAAAACGCGAGAAACUGAUGGAGCUUCACGAGAUGCUGGACGACCUCUUCGAGCGGGAACUGGCGCAGGAUCAGGAAACCGCGCUCGCCACUCUGUACGCGUUCGACCGGCCGUUUUACCUGCUGGUAUUGGUACUGGCAUCAACGAUGCUGUUUCUCUACUCCUCCCCGUUGAUCUCCAUGUUCCACCAGAUCAUUCACGAUGUCCAGCCGAGGAAAUACAGGCUACUGCUGCCGGCGAGGUUCCUGUGGCCGCUUCCGAGCAGCGGUUUCUUCUUCUUCUUACACGUCCUGUACCAGCUGUCCUCCUGCUGGAUGAUCUUCACCAUCAGCGGCGUCGACAGCCUGUUCGGCUUCUACGCGUUCCAGAUCUCCUCGACGCUGCGGGCCAUGUCCGCCAGGCUGAGGAAUCCGCGAGCCGACGACGUGUUCACGGGUGUCCUGAAGACGUGCGUGGAGACGCAUAAUCGGCUACUGCGGUGCGGCCAUAUGCUGGAGGACAUCUGGGGAUUCAUAAUCAUGCGAAUAUUGCUCACGAACGCCAUACUCAUGUGCGUGCUGAUCUUCGAGGCGACCCCGUUUACAGAGCUGACGAUCAGCCAGGCCUCGGUGUUCGUCUCUUACAUGACACUGAAGCUACUGCAGGCGUUCAUCUAUGCCUGGUACGGCGGUCUCGUCACCAGUGCGUCCGAGCACUUUCGUGAGGGAAUAUAUUUUGGCGAGUGGACGGAUUCUAGCUGCGACCGUCACGUAAGGGCAACUGUUAUUGUGACCAUGAUGCAAAAGCCGAUGAUAAUAAAGGCAAUGAAAGUGUCUUCCAUAAAUGUUAACAUGUUUACUACUAAAAACCGGCACCGCCGCAUCCCGGUGCAGACUGCUGCAAGACGUGCCUCAGGAAUUCCUUCCCUACCUCAAGGUGCCAAGGCGAUUAACAUAACGCGUGCGUGGAGUUGGACAUCCGGGAAGUGUGACCCCGGCGACCCGGCGAUCGAAUCCCACACUUGGACACGUUCCUCGACUCUUUUCUGCCAGAUGCGCGAACGCGGUAGCGGCAUGGACAGGGUGUUCGUGGACGAGGAGACCGGCGAGGACCUGAUCCAUCCGUUCUACGACUGCGUCGCCCGUCCGAUCGACUCCACGACGACGGUGAACGACGCCGAGACCGGCGAACCGGAGGUCACUCACGUGGAUCACACGACGUUCCAAACUCGGCACAGGAGAGUGCCGUUUCAGAUACCGAAGGAGGUAAAGGAGAAGUCCUCGAAGAAGCGCCAUCACAUGGAGCUGGAGCCGGUUCCGGCCGGCGCGUCUUUCGGUCAGAUAAAUCCUGUGUGCCUGUUUCUACCAGCCAUCAUGUACUUCCGCUGGUUCGUCGCUCUGUUGAUGAUCUUCGAGGUCGUUUUCCACGUUUGGGCGCACCACAAGAACAAGGCCUUGAAGAAUACCAACGUGUACUUCCGUUCACCAUUCCACGACAUCUCCGCGGAGUUUUGCGCUCUCUGCCAGAACGAAACCUGCAUGAACCGCGUCGGUAAGCUACACCAGAUCCGCAUGCACAAGUUCCUGCGGCAGUGCAACUACAUGAAGAGAGUCGUGACAUGAAUAUCUGGUCGGCGCGAGGCCAUCCUUUAGGCGCUGCAGCGUUAAAAAAGUGGUGAUGAUUACCAUAAUUAAUUCCUUCGAACGUGAAAAGUUGUUACAAAGUAAUUGUUAAUAUUUCUUGUGCGGUUGUUAUGCUUCUAUUCUUCAUUGCUUGUCAACUGUCGGAGACCGUCGGGGUGAUUAAAGAUUAUAAUUCUCUUGUUAAGUUUUAUAUCGUCUUAUACCUCUAAGAGGAGUGCAUGCAAAACUUUAUCUUUUAAUAGGAAUUAACACCGUAACAUGUAGGAGGAAAACUGUUUUAUAUUACUCUGUUUUAUUGUACUCUCAUUGUACUCUUGUGUAAACAGGUUCAUAUUAAAAAAUUUUUUUAUCG